AGCAAUAGAAACCGAAGGAGGGCUCAGGCAAUAGCAAAUGGAGUUCAAGCCUCGAAACUACGUCGCAGAAGCACAGUCCCACGCGCUCCGUCGCACAGGCGCCGAUCUCCACCCUCUCUCCUCCCCUUCUCCUCGCUCUAUCCUCCGCCAGGCUGAUGAUCACGUUGAAAGUAGCAAUAGCGAGGAGUUCUUUGAUCCGCUUAGAGCACCUAAUUCCAAAGCAUCGGCUGUGAUCGUCGACGGACAAGAUCUGGAGAGCAUUUCUAGUGGGAAUGAGGAUUCUAUCCAAGUUCAAAUGAAGGAGUGGACCUCGUUUAAGAGAUUCUUGAUGCAGAGGUUUCCUGUUUCCAAAAUGAUUUCAGUCUCCUCUAUGUCCAAUACGAUUGUGAGAAGUGGAAAAGCAUAUGAGAAAUCUUCAACUAGCAUGCAUCUGGAAGAACUGGAUGAUAUAGAAAAAUCUUCAGAAGAGGGUGCCAAGGCUAUCACACGGCAGGAAUAUGUAUCACGAUUACAUGAGCUGAAAGAUGAAAUAAAUCGUGCUUGGCACGCUGAAGAUCGUGUAACAUCUUUGAAGUUGUCUAUAAAGGUUGCCAGGCUUCUAAUGGAUACAUCAGUUUCAAAUUUUUAUCCAACGUUGUUCGUCCUUGCUACGGAUGUAUUGGACAUGCUUGGGGACAUGGUAUGGGAACGCAUAAGGCAGAAAGCUGAGUUUGCUGAAGAUGGAACCAAACUUUGCUCCUUACCAGGUUCAGAGAACUUUGGAGCAAGUGAUGUUUGUGUUGAUGCCAAAGAAACUUGCUAUAACUGGUUUUGCAAGGUUGGUUCCAUCCGAGAACUUCUUCCACGCAUUUAUUUGGAGCUGGCUAUUUUGCCUUGCUGGCGUUUUCUGAUUGAACAACCAGCAGAGUCUCUUCAGCGCCUGGUUAUGAUGACAAGAGGGCUAGCAGAUCCAUUAGCAUCUGCCUAUUGUCGCCUGUAUAUUGCCUAUCGUGCUCUGAAGUUUCCCAUGUAUGAUACAGGAUCUUUAAUUACAUGUGUUAAUGACAUCAAACUUGUAUUUACACGGAUAUCAUCAGCAAAGGAAACUGCACAUGGAUGUUUUGCUGACAGCAAGAGGUCACUUGUCGGUCUGAUGGAACCAGCUAUUGAGUUUAUUAUGAAAUGCAUAUUCAAUGAUGCAUCUCUGAGGCAGGUUGGCCAAGUACUUGUAGAGCUUGGACUAGGAAGAAGUCAGGAGGAACUGUUUGGUGGUUCUCCGUGUGUCUCAAUUGUUCUUCAUCACUUACUGAAGGAACUUCCAACUGAUGUUGUCAGCUCUCAUGCUGUGGAUAUCCUUCAUCUUAUUAAGUGCAGCAAUGAUUACUCCUAUGAUCAGUGUUUGAAUUACAGGUUGCUUGGACUCAGGCUGUGUGAACAGAUCUCUGAGAUUGGCACUGUUGAUGCUGUUGUCAAUGAAGUUAUGCAGGUGGUUUCUCAAUAUGGGCUUGAUGAGUACCUGAAGGUUGUGGAAGCUUAUCUCGAUAUUCUUCUUCAAAAUCAGAUGGAUGGCCAACUAAAGACUAUUUUGGAAGGGAUUUUAAAGUUAGCAUGUGGUAAAGUAAUUGCUGAAGAUGAACUAGCAGGCUUGCAAUCCAUCUUGGUGAAGCUUCUUUCUCAUUUUAAGGACUUGGAAAAUGUGUUUUCUUUGAACCAUUUUCUUCAGAUCUUAGAUUUGAUGCAUGGGAGCUCUCGUAGCAUUGUCAGUAUGCAUAUACUUGAUAUGGCUACAAGGAAUGGUUAUGUACGUGAUCCAACAACCAUACAGCUACUUUUUGAAAUUUCACUGGCUCUACAUGAUGAUACUGAUCUUGCAAACAUGAAAAAUGACGAUACUCAACAGCAAGCACGGCUAAUUUCCCUUUUUGUCCGUAUGGUAGACCACGGGGCAGAGUAUGAAGGACAUUUAGCGUUUCUUGUGGAAUGUCGUGGGGCCUUUGGCAGCAUAAUUGAACUUAAGGAAUUUCUUGUUCACUCUAGUAAUUGUUUAGCUACCAAAGCUCUGAAAGAUGGGAAAACGCAUCUUAGUUUUGUAAAGUCUUGCAUAGCAUUUAGUGAAGUCACAAUUCCUUCUAUUUUGGGUCAUAUCAAGCAAUUACAUCUUUAUCUUGAGACUGCUGAGGUUGCAUUGUUAGGUGGUUUAGUUUCUCAUUGUGAUGGACUGAUAGAUUCAGCAAUCAGCUGUUUACAGAGUUUUGAUUGGAUGGAAGGCUCUCGAGUGGCAGUGGAUUCUGAUAGGAUUCUCUCCUUCAUUCGGAAAUUAUGCAGCCUCUUGGUUAUGGUUCCAGGUAAUCCUGAAGUAGGCAUUUUGCAUAUUCCGAAGAGCAUAUUGUCACUCAUUCAUUCCCAGUCGUGGUCACCAAGAAUGAAGGCAAGAAUAUUCUGUGCAAUAGUUUCUUUAUCAGCUACACUUUCUCAAGGGAGGCUCCCAUAUCAUGCAGUUCAUCCGGAGAUUCUGGGCAAUGAUUUGUUAUUCUUUGGUGAUUCAUCUUACGUUCAUGAACUUCUCUCAUUGACUGAGUCUGUCCUUCAAAACCUUGUCGGUGUCAUUGAACAAGAGCCUUCCCAGGCUGCCCGGGGAAGCAUGUCACUCGAAGCUUGCAACUGCAUAGCAUCAUCUUUCAAGCUAAACGAACAUGUAUUGCCCAUCUGCUCGAAACUGAUAGAAACUGCGAAAUUGUGUUUGAGUCCUAAUGACAAGUAUCUCAUGUCCACCAUCAGUUUUCUGGACAAGAACUUGCCUAUUGCAGCUGUCUCACCGGCUAUUGCCAUCUAAUAUGAAAAGGUGUUCAUCGAAGGGAUAGCAAUAAUGGCUACCUUUUAAUCGGGUAUUCACAAGUAUCCGACUCAAUUCUAUAAGGUUCAAAUAUCCUAUAUUCGGGUUUGAAACGGGUACUGGUAAAUAGCUUCAGGAAAUACUCUUUGCAUUCUCUGAUUGUUAGAUUCAGAACAGUUCUUCAAAGAAAAAUUGUUGUAUGGUUUAUAGCUCGGUCAUGUUUCUUAAUGUUAACUCUCGCUCUUACAAUUUGGACUCC